GAACAAGGCUGCCCACGCGUAAAGCCAAGUAACGCUGCCCAACAUCAAUAAUCAUUAAAAAACAAUCGCAAUGCAUCGAUAACUCAUGGCUGCGGCCCAGCAUAAGCCGGGCGCCGGCACUUCGUGUAUCUGCUGCGCGCUGCUGGUCGUGGGCCUGCUCUGCGCGCUCCAAGAACCGCCGCCGCCGCCGACGCCGACACGGUCGCCGCGGCCGCCACGGCCGCUGCGGACCUUCGACGACGUGAAGCUCGACUCGGUCGAGGAGGUCCAUGCGCCGCCUCCCAAGACACCGUUGGAAGCACCGACCACGAGCCAAGCGCCGGCGCCGCGCAUGACGCGCCGCCCGCCGGGGCUGCCGAACCGCACGAAGGUCGCCUUGCUCCAGCAAGCGCGAAGCAAGCAGACGAAUGGAGCCGUGACGCUGGUGGUCGCCGGCCAGGCGCACCUCGAGUUACUGAUGAAUUGGUUAGUGGCCUACGAGCGGCACAGCAGCAACUGGGUCGUCGGCUGUUUGGAUUCAAUGAUUGCAGAGGUCCUGCGCCAGAAAGGCGUCGACUGCGUUCUGGUACCGAACCAGGGCGGCCCCCUGAUGCCCGGUUUGAGGUUGCGGGAGAUGGCGCGCCGCCGGGGAGGUGAUAUGAGGCCGCGCGCGUCCGUCUGGGAGUCGCGCAUGCGCCUGGUCCUCUGUUUGUUGCGGGCGUCCUAUAAUGUUACGAUUGCGGACACCGAUGCCGUGUUUCUUAGUGAUGCGUCGCCGUGGCUCUCAGGAUAUGAUCUGGUCGCGUCGCGGGGCAACUUCCCGGAAUGGACCGCGGAGCGCUGGGGCGCCUCGUUGUGCCUGGGCCUCGCGCGGUUCAACCCGGGCGCGCACGUCGCAGCCCUGACGAAGCAUCUCGUGGAACGGACGCAAUCCCUUAGAGACGACCAGCGCGCCGUGAACCACGUCCUCCACGAGGCCGACAUAGCCUGGGCGCCGGAGACGUCGAACGGAAAGCUGCUCUUCGCGACGUCAACAACGACGGCGACCGGCGUUACGCGUCUCGUGAAGGUCGGUCUCUUGCCUCACGUGAAGUUUGUUAGAGACUGCUCUCACGGGACGCGCGGCGCGGUCGUCGUGCACUGCGUCUCGCGUUCUGUGGACGCCAAGCACGACGCGCUGGAAAAGGCGGGCGCGUGGGUUCUGCGCGACGACUGGCGCGACGUCGCCGAUUUGAGGCAUAUGGGAGUCACGUAGUUAUAUACUUAGGACAUCUCACCACCUC